GCAAGGGGAAGCUGAUAUCAUAAUUAUUGGCUCACCCAGCAGCUGCCUCCCCUCACCUGAUGUCAGCACAGACCCAGGACGGCCAAGCUGACGGACUGACAGGCGGACGGAGCUCCUGGCCCCCCAGACCCAGGCCCCCACGCCGACCUGCUUCACUGAGCAGCCGACUUUCUUCGAGGCCAGGACUGGGUGAUGGUGUCGCUACUCCCGCCGCAGUCUGACGCCACACUGACCGGCCCCACCAGACUGGAGGGCGAGCCCCAGGGGGACCUCAUGCAGGCACCGGGCCUCCCAGGCUCCCCUGCUCCACAGAACAAGCUUGCCGGCUUCAGCUGCUCAUCAUUUGUGCCCGACGGCCCUCCAGAGAGGGCAGCCUCACUGCCCCCACAGAGCCCCAGCGUCGCAUCACCAGGCCCUGAGCAAGUCCACUGCCCAGCCGGCCCUGGCCCGGGCCCCUUCCGGCUCUCGCCCUCAGACAAGUACCCCAGCUUCGGCUUUGAGGAGGGCCCGGCAAGCAGCCCUGGGCGCUUCCUCAAGGGCAGCCAUGGGCCUUUCCACCCCUACAAGCGGCAUUUCCAUGAGGACGUCUUCCCCGAGGCCCAGACUGCCCUGGCCCUCGAUGGACACUCCUUUAAGACCCCAGGGGCGCUGGAGGCCUUCGAGGAGAUCCCCGUGGAUGUUGGGGAGGCUGAGGCCUUCCUGCCUGGCUUCUCAGCAGAGGCCUGGUGCAACGGGCUCCCCUACCCCAGCCAAGAGCACAGCCCCCAAGUCCUGGGGUCAGAAGUCAAGGUCAAGCCCCCAGCUCUGGAGACUGGUCCUGGGAUGUACUGUUACCAGCCCCCCUUGCAGCACAUGUACUGUCCCUCCCAGCCCCCAUUCCACCAGUACUCACCAGGUGGUGGCAGCUAUCCCAUACCGUACCUGGGCUCCUCACACUAUCCGUACCAGCGGAUCGCACCCCAGGCCAGCACUGAUGGGCACCAGCCCCUCUUUCCCAAACCCAUCUACUCCUACAGCAUCCUCAUCUUCAUGGCCCUUAAGAACAGUAAAACUGGGAGCCUUCCUGUCAGCGAGAUCUACAAUUUCAUGACGGAGCACUUUCCCUACUUCAAGACAGCGCCUGACGGCUGGAAGAAUUCUGUUCGCCACAACCUGUCUCUUAACAAGUGCUUUGAGAAAGUGGAGAACAAAUCAGGCAGUUCCUCUCGCAAAGGCUGCCUGUGGGCCCUCAAUCCGGCCAAAAUUGACAAGAUGCAGGAGGAGCUACAGAAGUGGAAGAGGAAAGACCCUAUUGCUGUGCGCAAGAGCAUGGCCAAGCCAGAAGAGCUGGACAGCCUCAUUGGAGAGAAGAGGGAGAAGCUGGGUUCCCCAUUGAUGGCCUGCCCACCCCUGGGUCUGGCAGGCUCAGGCCCCAUCCGACCCCUGGCCCCUCCAGUGGGGCUCUCCCAGCCACUGCAUCCAAUCCACCCAGCUUCGGGCCCCAUUCCUGGCAAGAACCCCCUGCAGGACCUACUUGGGGGGCACGUCCCCUCUUGCUAUGGGCAGACAUAUUCACACCUCUCACCGGGCCUGGCCCCUCCUGGACCUCCGCAGCCAUUGUUCCCACAACCAGAUGGGCGCCUUGAGCUGCGGGCCCAGCCAGGCACCCCCCAGGACUCGCCUCUGCCUGCCAACACCCCACCCAGCCACAGUGCCAAGCUGCUGGCUGAGCCUUCCCCGGCCAAGACCAUGCAUGACACCCUGCUGCCAGAUGGAGACCUUGGCACUGACCUGGAUGCCAUCAACCCCUCGCUCACCGACUUUGACCUCCAGGGAAACCUGUGGGAACAGCUGAAGGAUGACAGCUUGGCCCUCGACCCAUUGGUACUGGUGACCUCAUCCCCAACAUCAUCGUCAAUGCCGCCACCUCCGCCACCUACCCAUUGCUUCCCACCUGGGCCCUGUCUGGCAGAGACAGGCAGUGGGACCGGCGACUUGGCACCACCAGGCAGUGGGGGCUCCGGGGCACUGGGUGACCUGCACCUCACCACCCUCUACUCAGCCUUCAUGGAGCUGGAGCCCACACCCCCCACAGGCCCCUCUGUGUACCUCAGCCCCAGCUCCAAGCCCAUGGCCCUAGCAUGAGCCAUGUCCAGCAGCAGCUCCAGCCUGUCUGGCCUGGAAGUCCCAGCUGGCCGCCCACAACGGGCCCACCUUAAAGGUCAAGGAAGGAAAACCAUCCCUGUCCCCUAUGCCACUAAGCCAACUGCUAGCUGGCAGCCGGGAUGAAGAAGACACCACCACUGCCCCUCACACAUUUCUGCCAUCUGGUGAGCCAGCUCCUCACUCAGGGUCCCGGAAGACCAAGUGUCUGGGCAAGAAAAAAACAAACACACUCUCCUUAACUCACACUCAUCCACACUUAAGUAAGGCCUUCUUCAUAAUAUGUGCAUGCAUAUGCACACACACACAAACACACAUACACACAGAGUUAGACACGCCCACACCCACAUACCUUCUAUCCAGAGGAAUCAGAACUCUAUCACUGAGAGCUUGACUCCAUUUCUGAGGCAGCUGAGGGUGGGGGGGAGCAGGGGGCCUAAGGUCCUCAUGCCAGUGCCAGGAUCACCUUGAAACCCUAUUCUGAUGUCCACAUUCUCUUCAGGACUGGCCCCUUCUAGUAUGUUCUCUCCCAGAAGCCCCCUGUAUUUAUUCUCCCAUCUCCAUCCCAGCAACUGGUCAAGGAGGAGUAGGUGUGGAGCCUCUCCCCAAGUCUUCUGUGGGCCCCUCGGGGGGCUGCUAUUAGCACCCACCCUGCCAGGCUCUCCCCAUCCUCAGUAUAUUCUCUGUCUCACCUCCCCCAGAAUGACACACAGGAGGGGUAACGGCCACCCCAGGACCAAACUGAGCCCACUUCUGACACAAAGUGUUUGGAAAAGCCCUUGCCCUCAGAACCUUAAAAGUAUCCUCUUCACCAGCCCCGGGUGCAGGAAGGGCCCCUCCAGGGCACUACAGUCUCACUCCUUCUCUAUAAGAACUUCAUAUAGUUUAGGUCUCAACUUACUAAUUACUUCCAACUGUCCCAGGCAGCCCAGGGAAUUCAGGGAACGGGAGUCUGAUACAGGCUGGCAGGGGUGGGGCGGGGGGUUGACGCCUCCCUCUCUCUGACUGCUGGGCAGACCCAGGAUGUCCCUGGAGCUAGGGAGUGUGGCCCAGUUGCCUGCCAUGCUCUACUGGAGAGCCAAGCCGGAGUUUCGGCCUACCCUGGGUCUGGGGGUGACAAGAACCCCCAGAGGUUAGCCUGGGUUUGGUAAGGCACAAGCAAAUCCCUAGGUGGCCUGACCUGGAACAAUAAAGCAAGUACCUGUG